AUGAAUCGUUUCACGGCUGACUACUCGUCCAGUCCGACGAACACGCCGCCUCGGAACAAGGGACUCUUCUUCAACGAGCCGAAUAUCAGCACAACACCGCUGGUCCCCCCACCGUCCACCGUCUUCGGCAGCUCACGCCUGGGCACCGGAAAGAGCCUCUUCUCGAAGCCCGCGUCGUCUCCGAACGACAGCAGGUUUGUUGACCGUACACCUCCUCGCUUUGCCAACACGCGGAGUCUCCAACACCAGAAGGGCAUCAGCCCAUUCUCAAACCGGACCGCUUCGCGUCAGUAUGUUGAAGAUGACGGGGACGAUGAUGACGACGAAGGCCAUGAAUACGAGGAGGACGCUCCUGUUCCAGUACAGUCGCUCAUGAAGUUCAGCACGAACAGCACAAAAUCGAAUAGACAAUCCGUCUUCAGACGAUCAACUCGGUCGCAUUCAGUACUACCGCAUAAGGGCAAUCCAGACGUCGUGCCAAAUCUCGCACGCGGUCUAGCACAACAGUCAGAUCCGGCGCCACUUGAAAAGGACGAUACUCUGAUACUUGACACUGAAUUAUUCUUGCAGCAGCUCAAUAAUGAGCGGCAUCAAGCGCAGGAUGACAACAACCUGCAAUCGCUGCUGGACGCGCAGGCUAGGGAUCUGCUGAACUUAUGGAGGUCUAACAUCACUCAAGCAAGUCAUACAACAGCCGAUCUUGGCCCUCCGGAGCCAUCAACAGCAUUCGACAAGGCCUACUACCUCUCGUCAUUGCUUCUCACGCUGCAUCAUCCUGAUCACUCGACUCUGCCCGAGACCAUUCUCGUAUGGCUUCAAAAUCACCAUGUCUCCUACGACCCCUUGGCUCAGAUGGUGGCCGAUUUCACUCCGAACGCCACCGCUCACGAGCAGUUUUGGGACGUGGUCCUCAGCCUGACCCUGCGUGGUCGUCUGCAAGGCGUUAUGCGGCUCUUGCAGAAUGCAGACUUCUCGUAUGCUGUCUCUGCAGUGCUCGAUGACAACGAACCAGAGCCUGGCUUCCGAGGUGCUCAGCUCCAGACGAUCCAAGGUACAGUCUUCAAAGUCAGGCAAGUCAUCAAUGCUUGCCCAGCCAUGAAAGGCAACUGGGACACUGCUUCAGAAGAAUGGGCCAGGUAUCGAAGUAAUGUCGAGUUCGAGCUGGACAGCCUCGGCCAACUUGCGUCUGGUGAACAGGGCGACGAGGACGAGUUCGAGGCAGAAAACUUUGGCGUACAAAAGCCUCGGAGAGACCUCCUUCGACGGUCACAGCGAUCGCGUAACCUACCUUGGAGCAUCUACCAGGGCAUCCGGAUCUUAUAUGGCAUUCUAAUUGGCAGCUCAACAGAGAUCAUCACGCAGUCCCAGGACUGGCUGGAGGCGGCGUGUGCUCUGACAGUCUGGUGGGACGGUACCUCGGAUGCCCAGAUCGCAGACUGGAGUCUUGCAGUCGGUCGUGCCACGCGCUCAGCGCCUCCCAAUGCCGGCAUUAACCCCUACCUGACUCGACUGCGCGAUGCCUUCCUUUGCGUCACAGACCCAGAUGCACAAGAAACGUUUGCCAUUAAUAGCAUGUCACCCGUGGAAGUAGGGCUGGCCUCCAUCUUGCAGGGAAGCGUUACCAGCGCUCUUGGUGUAAUGCGUGGCCUCUCGCAAUGCAUCACCGCGGCCGUCGCAGAGCUCUCCUCGGCCGCCGGCUGGUUGGAUUCCGGCUCACGGCAGACCGGCUUCAAUCAAUCUGACCUCCUGGUAUUGAGCGUCGCAAACCCCUCCGGCACGCUCACGAAAGACGACAUCCUAGUCACAUACGCCUCCGAGCUGGCCCAGCAUAACAAUCUUCGCUUUCCCGAUGGCAACCACAUCGACGGCUGGGAAGUCGCGCUGUCAGUGCUAAGCCGCAUGGACGAGCAAGAACAAAUGAAUGAGACAGUAGAUGACCUACUCGCUCAGCUCGAUGUCAGCCACGAGGAGCGCAUGCAGCGAGCGAUCAGUCUCUGCAUGGACCUGCGGUUCACGGCACAGGCGCGUAGCAUGUCCGAGAAGCUGGGCGACUAUCUAUCUGACAACACGUACAAGUAUGGGAUGGCCCUGAUGUGCUACGCCAACAGCCACAAAGGCUCACGGAUCAGGAAGCUGACGGAGAUGCUGGUCUCAAACUGCUUGGUACAGUCUCGCGCGUGGCCAUCCGAGAACAACAUCGACGAGACUCUGCUUGCCCUGGUCGAGAGUCCCAAGGCUGCAUUCGCCAACAUGAUCGAGACAGACCCCGAAGCGGCGGCACUUCUGCAAUUCUACGUCGUUGGAUAUGCUUGCAUCAGAAGAGUGUACACCUACCGCGAUAACCCACCUGAGCACAGCAAGUCCAAUAGCAAUAGCGGACCCAUUGCUUCUGCACAGCGCAAGCGUCUCGCCGCCAAAGCACUCGUAGCGGCCGUCAACAGCGCAGCAGAUAGCAUCUAUGGUGGUCUGUACGACUCAGAGCGCCAGACAGCGAUUAGUCACGAGAUGCUGCUGGUAUUGUUGGGCGAGGCUACUGCUUUCCUCUCCCAAGACAGCCCAGUCUUCACCGACGCACAAAUCUACGCUCUCCUGGCCGCAAUUGAGGACUUUGAGACCGUUGCUCCACACGUCAAAGAGGCGGCAGAAGCAGCGAUCGUGGAUAGCAUAGAGCAAUUGCGCUCGGCAUCCAACAGCAACGGCGGCGGCGGACGAGAGGACAUGCUGAAAAAGAGCAUGAGUUCCGGCUUGACGAACAGCACGAAUUUCAGCUUCAGCAUGGCUGGUAGCGGGACGAGUGCUGGUCUUGGGGCGGGGAGGAGUGAAGGGAGUGCGGUGCUUGUCGGCGGAGGAAGGAACGAUAUGCAGGAUGAAAGUGAUCUGAGGAGGCAGUGGGACUGGCGGACUGCAUUCGGAGAUUUACCUGACGAAGAGCUGCCUAAGGAGGUGCUGAAGCGGCUGAGGCUGGGGCUGGCGAGAGAGUUGAGCAUGGGAAUGUUGGAGUGA